AUGCCUACAAAUUACAAGCGCAAGAGUAACCGGCAGUCAUGGACCGCUCAGCAGUUGGAACAAGCCAUUAAGGCUGUAAAAAGUGGAUCGCCGGUGAAGACAGCAGCAAGAAGACCUCUUGAUUCCGUAUUCAAUUCUCAACAAGAAGAGGAGCUGGUACAACAUCUGUUGGAUUUGGAAAAGAGGUUCUAUGGAAUAACGAUGACUAAUGUUCGAAAGCUUGCUUUUGAUCUGGCCGAAAAAAAUGGAUUGCCACACCCGUUCAACAAGUGUACUAAGAUGGCUGGAAAAGCUUGGCUAAGCAAUUUUCUGAAACGAAAUCCCAAAUUGUCGUUCCGUAAACCAGAAGCUACCUCUGCCGCCCGAGCCAGAGGCUUCAAUAAGCCAGCAGUAUCUGCGUUUUACGAUUUACUGGAAGAAGCGCUGAAAGAUCCCAAAUUGACGCCAGAUCGUGUUUUGAACGCCGAUGAGACUAGUGUUUGUACCGUUCCUUCGAAGAAGUCUAAGGUAGCGGCAUUGAAAGGCAAAAAACAGGUUGGUGGCAUUACAUCUGCGGAACGCGGAGAAACAGCUACGGCAGUAAUGUGCAUGUCCGCAACCGGACAGCACCUUCCGCCGUUCUUCAUUUUUCUUCGCAUGCGGAUGCACAAAGCUUUGAAGAAAGGGGCUUCACGUGGAAGCAAAUUUGCCUGUAAUGCAUCGGGUUACAUGACGGUUGAAAUAUUCAAUGAGUGGUUCGAUCACUUUUUGGAGCAUGUAAAACCUUCUGAAGACAGUCCUGUCUUGCUCAUAAUUGAUGGCCACUCGUCGCACACGAAGAACCUAGCUUUUACCGAGAAAGCUAGAGCUAACUUUACGUACUACGCACAGGAAGUAGAGCGUUUCCUACAACAGAAUCCAGGUAAACUCGUCAGCCAAUAUGACGUUGCCGAGCUCAUGAAACCUGCAUUCAUCAAGACGGCUACUACGGAAAUUGCUGAGAAUGGGUUAGUAGGAUUAGUUCAACGAUGCGGCCGAACAGGAGCUGCUGGAACGCAGACGGUGGUCGAUCACAUCGGUUCAGCCCGGUUUUCACCGCACUGUUACCUCCAAAACAUCCGAUCGACCCACCCGAACGCGUAUGGGUUAACGAUGACGUUUGGGGCUCGUUGCCCACCGCCACUUUUUCGAGGUUUCUCCACCGUCGGAUAUCUGCGAGGAGGGCGGAUGUCACUCGGUGUGGACGGUUCCUAG